UACUGCUUCCGACGGAAUAUUCCAUUGGAAAAUUUUUUCCCUGAGGGAAAUAAUUCCGUCAGAACUAAUAAUAAAAUAAAAAAAAAAAGUCAAAGCUCCUUCUUUGCCCAGAUUCAGAAACACGAAGAGAGAGAAAGAGAAAGAGAGAAGUGGAGAUCCUGCCGGCGACUGCCGUUCCACCGACCACCACCGAGCCGCCUCAACUACGCCGCCGCCAUUGCCACCACGGGUUUCACCACAACCACCAGCCGUGAAGCCUCCAUCCCCUGCUGUUCCAAUACUGCCGUCUAGUGAUCAUGGCAGGCGGUACAGACAAAGGUUAACGGACAAUGGAGCUCGACUCCUCCGAUGAGGACAUGGCGGAUGCGGAUGCACAUGAUUUAGGUGCUACUUAGGAGCCCACUUCCAGCUCAUCACGAGAUCAGACACAGGAGCAUUCACAAUUGCCGGUAUUAGACCCUACUAUGCUCUGGUUUGACGACAACAAGGUGAGGAAUGCGGUCUCCGGGACGCUAAUCGGGUACUAUCGAGAGCCUUGGAGGAAUUACGGAGAGGUGGAUGAACACUGGUGGAACUUAUUCAGCAAAGAAUUCACAUAGACACCUCAAUUGAUCGAGGAUGUGAAGCACACUUUUGAAAAGAAGUUUGCUACUCGGCUACGUGACAUGUUCUACACAGUCACGCACAAGAUGAGAGGCGCCAAGCCAGGCUGGUUCAAUGAGGACGUCCACAAGAAAAUGAUGGAUAUUGUUGCCACUGAUCCAACUUACAAGAAGAGGUCGGCCCAAAACAAGAAGAACAGGAGGGGCGGCUUAAUGGAAAAUGCGGUUGAAGCUACCCACUAUCAGGGUUCGAUGUCAGCUGUACAACAUGCUAAACGGGUGGCGGCGAAGAAUAAAGGCCAGCUCCCAACAGCCCAUGAGCUGUUUCUGAAGAUGCACUUCAAGGAAGUGCCUUGGAAAGGCACAGUACCAGCCAACACCAAAGCACAUCAUAUUGCGGAGGCCUACCAGAAGAAAGUUGAAAAAGCAAGCACCAAAGGGAUUCGGAAGAGUCCAAAUGAGUUGUACCGGGAAACUGUAGGUGGUCGCAAUAAGAAGGGUCGUGUGAAGGGGCUUGGCAAGGUGCAGAGCUAUAUUAUGGCAACAGGAAGGGUUCAGGUUCCAAGUCUUCCCACCAGUACAUGCCUUCCUUUCUUUCCCAGAUGCAGGAUCAGGUGAAACAGAGGGUGGAGCAGAGGGUGGAGAAGAGGGUGCAAGCUUUGCGGAGUGAAAUGGAAGUCGAGAUGGAGGCUCGAUUGGCCGAAAAAGAAAGGAGAAACCAAGAGAGGUAUGAAGAGAUGAUGCGUCGAUUCUCCAGCAACGACCCAUGUUCCAACAUUCCACAUCAGCGUCGAGACCCCACGAACGACUCGGGUAGCGGCGGUGCAGGGCAAGGUACUCCGGAUGUAGCUUAGAAUUUGUUUAUAUAGUAUGUACAUAUAUUUAGAUUUAGAUUAUGUUGUAUAGUUGCACACAAUGUAUACAUUAUUAUAAAUAAAUAUAUAAAAAUAUUUUUGUAAUUAAAUCAUAA